GACAUAUCGCUCAGUCGUAACUCAGUCAGUAGAUGCAGCCAUGCAGUGGCGGACGUGUGUGUUACUGUUGUGCGCGACAGGCGCGUUGGCGGACGACGAGUGGCGGGAAGUGAAAACUUCGCAAGGGAUUGUGCGCGGGCGCAAGCACCCUACAGAGGACAUAUACACAUUCUAUAAUAUACCUUAUGCCACAGCACCCGUCGGUGUUGACAAGUUCAAGGCACCUCUGCCCCCACCAGUAUGGCUGCAACCAUAUGAUGCCAUCGACCAACAAAUAGUCUGCCCUCAGCCAGAAGUCCCAAUACCUGGUUACAAAACAAGCACCCUAGUUCGAAAAGAAGAUUGCCUGAUUGCCAAUGUUUUCGUGCCAAAUACAAACAAAAAGAAUCUUUCUGUAAUAGUGAAUGUUCAUGGAGGUGCUUUCAUUGUAGGAUGGGGUGAAUUAUCUAAAGCCACACAUUUAAUGAAGAAAAAAGAUAUUAUUGUGGUUACCUUCAACUAUCGGCUGGGUGUCCACGGCUUCCUUUGUCUUGGCACUGAAGACGCGCCAGGUAAUGCUGGAAUGAAAGACCAAGUAGCAUUGCUGCGUUGGGUACAAAAGAACAUCGCCAGCUUUGGUGGUAACCCAGAUGACGUCACUAUCAUAGGACAAAGUGCAGGUUCUGCAUCAGUAGACCUGUUAAUGCUGUCUAAGUCUGCUGAAGGAUUGUUCCACAGAGUCGUACCGGAAAGUGGUGGAAACCUCGCUGCAUUUUCAAUUCAAAGGGAUCCUGUAGAGAUUGCCAAAACAUUUGCUAGACAACUUAACUUUACUAACGUGGAUGAUAUAUACGCUCUUGGAGAGUUCUAUAAGACAGCUCCUUUAGAAUUGUUGACUUCAGAUCCAUUUUUUGAUAGGACGGAUGCUACGUUCGUGUUUUCUCCAUGUGUAGAGCGUAACAUAGGAGAAGAAACGUUCUUGACAGAAUCUCCAGUAACUAUAUUGAAGAAAGGCAAUUACAAGAAGUUACCAGUAUUGUAUGGUUUCGCUGACAUGGAAGGCCUGUUACGUAUCGAUUAUUUUCCAUUUUGGAAGCAGAAAAUGAAUGAUAAAUUUUCUGAUUUUCUGCCUGCUGAUUUAAAAUUUAAAUCGGAACAAGAACGAGAAAAAGUUGCAGAUAAAAUUAAAAGAUUUUACUUUGGAGAUAAGCCUGUCAGUGAAGAUAAUAUUUUAGAAUACGUUAAUUUCUUUUCGGAUGUUAUUUUUGCAUAUCCAAUGCUUUUGGCAACUAAAUUGCACGUGGAGGCCGGCAACAACCAAGUAUAUUUGUAUGAAUAUUCAUUUGUCGAUGAAGAUGUUCCUGUAGUACCACAUACUAACGUAAGAGGUGCUAAUCACUGCGCUCAGUCGAUGGCCUUAAUAGAUGGAAAAAACAUGACUCACCCAGAUGAAUCUUUGGCGACUCCUGAGUAUCAGAAAAUGAAGAAGACAAUGCGAGAAAUUUGGUACAACUUUGUUAAGACUGGAAAACCUGUACCUGAAGGGUCUUCAUUGCCUGCGUGGCCCGCUGCCGGCGCUGACAGGUCACCGCACAUGUCGCUGGGACAGAAGAUAGAGCUGCGUGGUGUACUGCUAGAAGAACGUACUCGCUUCUGGGAUGAAAUCUACCAGAGAUACUACCGGGAGCCCAUACCACCACCAGCACCACCACCCAAACCUCAUUCAGAGCUAUAAAAGAAUACUGAAUUAUUGUCUUUAGGUAAUAAAUGAAAUUAAACUC